CCCGCGCCGCGGCCGCUCUGCCCUGCAACGUGUCUCUGGGGCGGAGGCGGCGGCGGCGGCGGUGGAGCUGGCUGCGCGCGCCCGGGGGUCCCUCUCUCUCCGCUGCUGCCCAGCGCUCUCGCCUCGCGUCCGAGUCCCCACGGGCCGGCCCCAAGCCUCGACAUGUCUUACAACUACGUGGUAACGGCCCAGAAGCCCACCGCCGUGAACGGUUGCGUGACCGGCCACUUCACUUCAGCUGAAGACUUGAACCUGUUGAUCGCCAAGAACACAAGGUUAGAGAUCUAUGUGGUCACCGCGGAGGGGCUCCGGCCCGUCAAAGAGGUGGGCAUGUAUGGGAAGAUCGCCGUCAUGGAGCUCUUCAGGCCCAAGGGAGAGAGCAAGGACCUCCUGUUCAUCCUGACUGCAAAAUACAAUGCCUGCAUUCUGGAGUAUAAGCAGAACGGGGAGAGCAUCGACAUAAUCACUCGAGCCCAUGGCAAUGUCCAGGACCGGAUUGGCCGUCCCUCGGAGACGGGCAUCAUCGGCAUCAUCGACCCCGAGUGUCGCAUGAUCGGCCUGCGCCUCUAUGAUGGCCUUUUCAAGGUCAUUCCCCUGGACCGAGACAACAAGGAGCUCAAGGCCUUCAACAUCCGCCUGGAGGAGCUGCACGUCAUCGACGUCAAGUUCCUGUAUGGUUGCCAGGCGCCCACCAUCUGCUUUGUCUACCAGGACCCCCAGGGACGGCACGUGAAGACCUACGAGGUGUCUCUGCGGGAGAAGGAGUUCAACAAGGGCCCUUGGAAGCAGGAAAAUGUAGAAGCUGAAGCAUCUAUGGUGAUCGCAGUCCCGGAGCCCUUUGGAGGGGCCAUCAUCAUCGGGCAGGAGUCCAUCACCUACCACAAUGGGGACAAGUACCUGGCCAUCGCCCCUCCUAUCAUCAAGCAAAGCACAAUCGUGUGUCACAACCGCGUGGACCCCAAUGGCUCCCGCUACCUGCUGGGCGACAUGGAGGGGCGGCUCUUCAUGCUGCUCUUGGAGAAGGAGGAGCAGAUGGACGGCACCGUGACCCUCAAGGAUCUCCGCGUGGAGCUCCUCGGCGAGACCUCUAUAGCCGAGUGCCUGACAUACCUCGACAACGGUGUUGUGUUUGUGGGCUCUCGCCUUGGCGACUCCCAGCUUGUGAAGCUCAAUGUUGACAGCAAUGAACAAGGCUCCUACGUCGUGGCUAUGGAGACUUUUACCAAUCUGGGACCCAUCGUGGACAUGUGUGUGGUGGACCUGGAGAGGCAAGGGCAGGGACAGCUGGUCACUUGCUCUGGAGCUUUCAAGGAAGGUUCCCUGCGCAUCAUCCGGAAUGGAAUUGGUAUCCACGAGCACGCCAGCAUUGACCUGCCAGGCAUCAAAGGCCUGUGGCCGCUGCGGUCCGAUCCUAACCGCGAGACGGACGACACUCUGGUGCUAUCCUUCGUGGGCCAGACACGGGUGCUCAUGUUGAACGGAGAGGAGGUGGAGGAGACUGAGCUGAUGGGGUUCGUGGACGACCAGCAGACUUUCUUCUGUGGCAAUGUGGCGCAUCAGCAGCUCGUCCAGAUCACUUCUGCAUCAGUGAGGCUGGUCUCCCAGGAGCCCAAAGCGCUCGUCAGCGAGUGGAAGGAGCCUCAGGGCAAGAAUAUCAGUGUGGCUUCAUGCAACAGCAGCCAGGUGGUGGUGGCCGUGGGCCGGGCCCUCUACUACCUGCAGAUCCACCCACAGGAGCUCCGGCAGAUCAGCCACACAGAGAUGGAACACGAAGUGGCCUGCCUAGACAUCACCCCACUAGGAGACAGCAACGGGCUGUCCCCUCUCUGCGCCAUCGGCCUCUGGACAGACAUCUCAGCCCGUAUUCUGAAGCUCCCUUCCUUCGAGCUCCUGCACAAAGAGAUGCUGGGGGGAGAGAUCAUCCCUCGCUCCAUCCUGAUGACCACCUUCGAGAGCAGCCACUACCUCCUUUGUGCCCUGGGAGAUGGGGCGCUCUUCUAUUUUGGGCUCAACAUUGAGACAGGCCUGUUGAGCGACCGUAAGAAGGUGACUCUGGGCACCCAGCCCACGGUUUUGAGGACUUUCCGUUCUCUCUCUACCACCAACGUCUUUGCUUGCUCUGACCGCCCCACUGUCAUCUACAGCAGCAACCACAAGUUGGUCUUCUCCAACGUCAACCUCAAGGAAGUGAACUACAUGUGUCCCCUCAACUCAGAUGGCUAUCCUGACAGCCUGGCCCUGGCCAACAACAGCACGCUCACCAUUGGCACCAUUGAUGAGAUCCAAAAGCUGCACAUCCGCACCGUCCCCCUCUAUGAGUCUCCCAGGAAGAUCUGCUACCAGGAAGUGUCCCAGUGCUUCGGGGUCCUGUCCAGCCGCAUCGAAGUCCAGGACACCAGUGGGGGCACAACUGCUCUGAGGCCCAGCGCCAGCACCCAGGCCCUGUCCAGCAGCGUCAGCUCCAGCAAGCUCUUCUCAAGCAGCACGGCGCCUCACGAGACCUCGUUCGGGGAGGAGGUGGAGGUGCACAACCUCCUCAUCAUCGACCAGCACACCUUCGAAGUGCUUCAUGCCCACCAGUUCCUGCAGAAUGAGUAUGCCCUCAGCCUGGUCUCCUGCAAGUUGGGCAAAGACCCCAACACGUACUUCAUUGUGGGCACAGCCAUGGUGUAUCCAGAGGAGGCGGAGCCCAAGCAGGGGCGGAUUGUGGUCUUCCAGUACUCAGACGGAAAACUACAGACGGUGGCUGAAAAGGAGGUGAAAGGGGCCGUGUACUCAAUGGUGGAGUUUAACGGGAAGCUCUUGGCCAGCAUCAACAGCACGGUUCGGCUUUACGAGUGGACAACAGAGAAGGAGCUUCGCACGGAGUGUAACCACUACAACAACAUCAUGGCCCUCUACCUGAAGACCAAGGGCGACUUCAUCCUGGUGGGUGAUCUGAUGCGCUCGGUGCUGCUGCUGGCCUACAAGCCCAUGGAGGGCAACUUCGAGGAGAUUGCGCGAGACUUCAACCCCAACUGGAUGAGUGCUGUGGAAAUCCUGGAUGAUGACAACUUCCUGGGGGCUGAAAAUGCCUUUAACCUAUUCGUGUGUCAGAAGGAUAGCGCCGCCACCACUGACGAGGAGCGGCAGCACCUACAGGAGGUCGGUCUCUUCCACCUGGGCGAGUUUGUCAACGUCUUCUGCCACGGCUCUCUGGUGAUGCAGAACCUGGGCGAGACGUCCACCCCAACACAGGGCUCCGUGCUCUUCGGCACCGUCAACGGCAUGAUCGGGCUGGUGACCUCGCUGUCAGAGAGCUGGUACAACCUCCUGCUGGACAUGCAAAAUCGACUCAAUAAGGUCAUCAAAAGCGUGGGCAAGAUAGAGCACUCCUUCUGGAGAUCCUUCCACACGGAACGAAAGACAGAGCCGGCCACCGGCUUCAUCGACGGAGACUUGAUCGAGAGCUUCCUGGACAUCAGCCGGCCCAAGAUGCAGGAGGUGGUGGCCAACCUACAGUAUGAUGACGGCAGUGGGAUGAAACGUGAGGCCACUGCAGAUGACCUGAUCAAAGUUGUGGAGGAGUUGACACGGAUCCACUAGCUGAAGGCGGCACCCCCGUCCCAGGCCUGCCCCGAAGGCUUUGCCCUCCACCUCAACCUCAGCCACAUCUUCUCGGCCUCGGGACACCUUGCCCUCAGCCAGUCGCCCCAGAAGCCACAGGCCACCUGUGUGGAAACGGAGAGUCCUUAGAACUGAAGCCAGUUGUCCGAAGACCUGGGAUAGGCCACCGGGGAAGGCUUGGCACCCUGGGUGUUUACCAGCCUCGGGAUCCCAGCCACCGCCUUGGACCACAAUCGGUGUCGCCAACCAGCCUCCUUCCUGGCGGAGCUCGCGGCUCUGGCCCAAGGGACGCUCUGUGUGCGUGUCUGACUCAUGCAUCAUCCUCUCUACUCUUUAAUUUCGGUUGGGGGUGUGGGGAGAUUGGGGGUAGGGGGAAGCGGGUGGGAGGGGUUCAUUGUCUGAUGUAAGAGCUUCCUUUUACUUCUGUCUCCUUGCCUCUGGGUGCUCUGGGGCCUGGGAGACCCUGGGCUGGCUGUGUAGAAACCCCGGAGAUGGUGGAUGAACCCCAAGCCUCAGCCUGCCUCCAUCAGAGGGAAGGAGGUGGGGGGACGUGUGAAGUGGUUGCUAGUUUCUGAGUUUUACCAAAUAAAGUAGAAUCUAAGAUCCA